AUGCACAGCACUUGCGAUACCUCUCUCCCCUUUCCCCUCUCCUGCAACGCCAUCUCCUCACUUGGAGUUGGGCAUCCUCCCCAGUGCAAACUCACUCCUGACUCCCACAUCACCCAAACACAUCCCAGCAAUCAGGAGGAUCCAGGCUUUCUAGGAAGGGGUACUGUUUGUUACCUUGCAUGCUACAAUGGGGAAUACUAUGUCAUCAAGGAUUGUUGGGUGGAGGAGUUGGAGCAGAGGACAGCCCUGCAUGAAGUCAACAUGAUGAAGCUGGUCCAGGACAUCAAUGGAGUUCCCAAGUUGCAACACUACUGGGUUGUCAAGUCCAACAGCAGGCUCUCGAGAGGGGUGUCCUCCAUUCAAGAUUGUAGCAUCAACAAUACAAUGAUUGAGGACUUUGCAAAUGGGUCACAUGGCUUUCUCCUUGACUGGGAAUUUGCUGUAUGGGUCACAUUACAGGGGAAUAUGACUUUGGGUGGCACAUGUCAAGAUAUCAGCCAUGAAAAGACACUUCUUGGCUUGUGGAGUGAAAAGGUGGCUGAAGAUCUUAAAAUUGCCAGAUGCACCAAGUUCACAUUCCUUAAUGACCCAUCUGAAUCAAGGCUGGAUUCCGAGGUCUCGCAAUACUUUCAAGAUCCAAUCCCUCUGGCUAAUGAGUGCAUGCCAUAUGAGAAACCACCAGAGAUGAUGAAUGCAUUCCAGCAGAUCAUCGCCCAGCACAAAGUGCUUAAUUCAAGCAUGCGUCUGAGUCAGGAGAACAAUAUGGAUGUUAUAGGUAAGGAGCAUGGAUAA